GCCGUGCCGGGCCGGGCGGGCUCACCCAGCUCCCACCCGCCCGCUGAGGCGCCAAGCCCGGACACUGCGGCGGGGCUGCGGCUCCGCGCCCGCGCUGCUCCAGGGGCUGAGCGCAGCCCGGGGCUCUCCAGCGCGGCCGGCACAGAGUUAAUCGCGGCGGAGCCCCGGCGCGGGGCGGUCUCCCCGCCGCGCCUCCCUCCCCGCGGCCGCCCCCGCCCGCCCCUGGCUCCGCCGCCGCACCUGCCCGCGCCCCCGCCGACAACUUUCGCUGCCUGUUGCGCGCUCCGAGCUGCCAGCCCGGCGGGCACUGCCAUGGGCACCGCCGAGCAGCGCCGCGGGUAGGCGGCCCGCGGGGGUCGGGCCGGGAGCGCUGCCAAGGCUCUCCGCCCUCGCCUCGCCUCGCCUCGCCUCGCUCCGCCGCCGCAGCGGUCGCUGCCCCGCGCUCGGCCAGCAUGGAGGUGCAGCUGGGGGUCGGUCGCGUCUACCCGCGGCCGGCGGGCAGGACCUUCCGCGGGGCUUUUCAGAGCUUCUUCCAGAGCGUCUGCGACGCUUUCCAGCCGCCGCGAGAGGAGCCGGGCGCCGGGCAGCCGCCGCCGAGCGCGCCCUGCCCGCCGAGCCCCCGAGCGCCGCCGGACUCGCCCGCCUGCCUGCCGCCCCCGCCGGGCUGCCUGCCGCCCCCCGAGCCCCGCGCCGCCGGCAAGGCGCUGCCGGCCGCCGGCCCCGCCAUGGGCUCGUCCUUCCCCUGCUCCGGAGAGCUGAGGGAGCUGCUGGGCGAGGCGGGUGCGAUUCCGAUGCUGCCGCCGCCCGAGAGCGAGCCGGUGGACAAGGAAGAUCCGCUGGGCGACAGCGCCCGGCAGCUGUGCCGCGCCGUGUCCGCCUCCAUGGGGCUGGCGCUGGAGGCGCUGGAGGCUCCGGCCGAGCAGCUGCCCCGCGAGGACUGCAUGUUCGCCGUGCCCGCCGGGCCGCCCCGCGCCCCGCGCCCGCCCGCCCGCGACCCCUCGCCCGCCUUCGAGGCCGCUCUGCCCGCCGAGCCGCCCGCCGGGCCGGGGCUGCCCCGCGGCUUCGGCCGCGUCAAGCUGGAGAGCGCGGCGGGGCCGGCCCCGGGCGGCGGCUGGGGCGGCCCGUGCCGCUUCGGGGCCGAGCUGGUCCCGCCGGGCCCCGCGCCCCCCUGGCCCACCUUCUUCGCCGAGGAGGGGCAGCUCUACGGGCCGUGCCCCGAGCCGCCCGCCGGGCCCGCCGACUGCCCUGCCGAUGCCUGGUACCCACCGGGCCGGGCGCCUUUCGCCGCCCCCGCUCCCGGCAUCAAGAGCGAGCUGGAGCCCUGGGUCGAGGGCUACCCCGGCGCUUACGGCGACCUCCGGUUGGAGCCUGGCCGUGACCAUGUCCUGCCCAUUGACUAUUACUUCCCACCUCAGAAGACCUGUCUGAUCUGUGGAGAUGAAGCAUCUGGGUGCCACUACGGAGCCCUGACAUGUGGGAGCUGCAAAGUGUUCUUCAAACGGGCAGCUGAAGGUAAACAGAAGUACCUCUGUGCCAGCCGCAACGACUGCACCAUCGACAAGUUCCGGCGGAAAAACUGCCCCUCCUGCCGCCUGCGCAAGUGCUACGAGGCCGGCAUGACGCUCGGAGCCCGCAAGCUGAAGAAACUGGGAAACCUGAAGGCACAGGAUGACAUGGAGGGAGCCAGCUCGUCCAGCCCAACGGAGGAGCAAGCUCCCAAGCUGGUGAUGACACGCAUUGACGGCUACGAGUGCCAGCCCAUCUUCCUCAACGUCCUGGAGGCCAUCGAGCCUGGCGUGGUGUGUGCUGGCCACGACAACAGCCAGCCUGACUCCUUCUCCAACCUGCUGACCAGCCUGAAUGAGCUUGGGGAGAGGCAGCUGGUCUACGUGGUCAAAUGGGCAAAGGCCCUGCCAGGAUUUCGCAACCUGCAUGUGGAUGACCAGAUGUCAAUAAUCCAGUACUCUUGGAUGGGCCUGAUGGUGUUUGCUAUGGGCUGGAGAUCCUUCACCAACGUCAAUUCCAGGAUGCUUUACUUCGCUCCAGACCUGGUCUUCAAUGAGUACCGCAUGCACAAAUCCAGGAUGUACAGCCAGUGCAUCAGGAUGCGGCACCUCUCCCAGGAAUUUGGGUGGCUCCAGAUCACACCCCAGGAGUUCCUCUGUAUGAAGGCUCUCCUCUUCUUCAGUAUUAUUCCAGUGGAUGGCCUGAAGAACCAGAAGCUCUUUGAUGAGCUCCGCAUGAAUUACAUCAAGGAACUUGACCGUAUCAUUGCCUGCAAGAGGAAGAACCCCACCUCCUGCUCCCGGAGGUUUUACCAGCUCACCAAGGUCCUGGACUCCGUGCAUCCGAUUGCCAAGGACCUGCAUCAGUUUACAUUUGAUCUCCUAAUCAAGGCACACAUGGUGAGCGUGGACUACCCAGAAAUGAUGGCCGAGAUCAUCUCUGUGCAGGUUCCCAAGAUCCUGUCUGGAAAAGUCAAGCCUAUCUACUUCCACGCACAGUGAUCUUUCAGAGGGUUCCCCGUGCUGCCACCCCCAUUCCAGCCAUCUCCUGCCUGUUACUUCUGCACUACUGUCCUGCAGUGCCUUGGGGAAUCCCUCUGCGGUGGUGGCCAAGGGGACAGGCAGUGACAGACCUGCUGGGAUUCCUGAGAUUACUAUUUUCCUGAGGUACCUCUGAACUGAACCCCUGGCGCUGACCUCUGCCUGGCUCCAGCUGCUCACGGUGCUGGACAGGGACUGCUGGGGGCAGUGGCACCAUGUCUGAGUGUUCUCCUCUGUUUGUCACUGUGACUUCAGCAGCCCAGGGCCACGGGACAGCAGAAGAAGUGCCAGCGGUUGGUGGGUUUGGGGUGAUUUUUAUAAAAAGAAUACAACACUAAGCAGGUUGCAGCUCCGCGUUUGGGUGUGGGUUGUGUCGCCAGCCUCCUUCCGGAUGUUUUGUUUGCAUUAUGGUGCUGGGAAGCAGAUAAGUUCAAACAUUGCAGAAGAGGAGCAGAGCAGAGCUGGGGGACAAGGCAAAUCUGUGGCUGAGGAGUUCACAGGCCCUGCAGCCACGGUGGGAUCUGCUCUGGUCACUGGGCCCUGGGACCGGCCUGCAGUGCCGAGACACGAGCGAUGGAGCGGACAGGCUGCAGCAGAAGGCCUAAGGAAGAUCACCUUGGAGAUCCCCCAACCACGGCUGCCUCCUGAUCUCCACCUGGCAUGUUUUUCUUACAGCCUGUCCAGCUGGGUCUUGGUCUGCCCUGCAGACCCCCGGUGCUCAGCAGUCACAUUCCUGUCCGUGCCAGCUCCUGCUCCCUGACAAAGCUGAAGCCACCUCUGAAAGUGCCUGAUGCCCUUGGACCUCACACCUGCCUGGCUCCCCUGGGCACCUGCAGCCCCUGCCCCACACCUGCUCUGCUCCUGUCAUGGCUCUGCAGACUUGGGAUUCCAGCUAUGCUCUUUCCCUUCAUUUGUCCCAAACAUUUUGUUCCAACUAUUUUUUCCAGUCCCAGCAGAUGAGUGUUGUGGAGCCAAGACCAAAGCCAGGGUGUGUGGGACCUGUGGGACCAUGGGUCUCUUCUCUGAAUCCUGUCCAUGGAGAGGUGGCUGUGGGAACUGGCUGCUGCCACUAUGGCACUUUUGGGGCUGCAAGGGAAGCACCAAGAGACCCCCUGCCCUUGGAGGCAGCACACACAGCUCCUGCUGAUGGCAGUGGCUUAUUGAGCCCAGGAGGAAACCACUGUGCAUUCACUGUCCCAUGUGCAUGGUCCUGUGUGCACCACACCACCUACACACCAUCCCUUACACACCAUCCACACACCAUCCCUUACACACCAUACACACACCAUCCCUUACACGCCAUACACACAUCAUCCCUUACACACCACACACACCACCCCUUACACACCACACACCCCGUCCCUUACAUGCCAUACACACAUCAUCCCUUACACACCACCCACACACCAUCCCUUACACACCACACACACCAUUCCUUACACACCACCCACACCAUCCCAUGUGCACCACCCACACACCACCCCUUACACACCACACACACAACAUCCCUUACACACCACCCUCACACCAUCCCUUACACACCACACACACCAUCCCUGACACACCACACACACCAUCCCUUACACACCACACACACAACAUCCCUUACACACCACACACAACAUCCCUUACACACCACCCACCCACCAUCCCUUACACACCACACACACAACAUCCCUUACACACCACCCUCACACCAUCCCUUACACACCACACACACAUCCCUUUCACACCACACACACAACAUCCCUUACACACCACCCUCACACCAUCCCUGACACACCACACACACAACAUCCCUUACACACCACUCACACCCCAUCCCGUGUGCACCACCCCACACACCCAGCCUGUCCCAGCACACACACAGCAGCCAAGCCUACGUGCUCUGUGGUGUUUUAGUUCCCCUCUUCCUGCACAUCCUGAGUACAUCAGAACCACCUGCCCAGACCCACACAGGCUGUCCGUGACUGCACAUGUCAAGGUCACACAUGCCAUCAUGGGCUGUGACAUGGCCUGGCAUUACCAACCCAGACAUCUACGAGGGAUUCUUGUGCCAGCACAGACAAACAGCAAACUCUGCACCCUCCCAGGGCAGUGAGCACCCCCAGAGCCCUGUGCCCACCCUGUGCCCAGCUCUCCAGGAAAUGCCAUCAUGGUACAGAUGCUCCUUUACACACUUGGAGUAAAACAAACAAUUUCCCUGAUGCUUUCCAACCUUUUGACGGGAUUUUCAUUAUAAGAAGGAGUGGGGAAACACCCCUAUCAAAGGGGAGGAUCUUUCUUUGCAAUGGUUUUCCUUCCUCUGCUAGAUACGGCUGUGAUCCUGCUCCUCCUGAAAUCCUCUCAUGCAGGCAGCAGCAGAAUCCAUAGGUGAACUUUCUGGCUGGCAGCCAGCGGGUUGCUGCCCUCAGAGGCUCCCCCAUGCCAGGGGGCUGCUGGCAUUUUCAGUGAUGAUGUGAGCUACAGAUAUUUGCAAAUGAACCAGUAAAAAAUUCCAGCUGGUGCAUCCCUGUCUUCUGGAAAUUUCCCUGGCUCUUCACAGCAGAGCUCGGUGAGCAGAUGAGUGGUGAUUCCCAGUGCCUGUUACCCGCUCAGGAUGGCUCCAAGCACUUGGAACAGCAAUCUGGGAGAGCUUCGUGCUUCACACAGGCUCGUGCCAGUGAAGGUUUGGUUGGGUAAUGAGUGUGGCAGUGUCCUGCUGGGUGUUCAUCUGCUGGGAGAACGAAAAGAGGCCAAACCUAUCAGGGAUUUGCCCUAACCCUGCUUGGCUGGUGGGAGCACCAUGUGAAUGAGAAGUGGGGGAGCAGGGGAAGGAUUCUGCAUCACCUGCCCCGUGUGUGUCACCCGGUGUGAAGCUGCUCUGGACAGCGAGUGCUGAGCAAGGCAGGAGCUCACGGGGGGCACCCCCAGCCCAGGACAGAGGGGCAGUCAGGGGCAUUGAGGUCACGUUCUCUGUCUCUUCACUAUCACAGUAAACUUGUGCAACUUGUUCAUUCGAAAGUUGGGUUUCUACAAUAUGAUUACCAGGAAAUGUGGGAGCCAGGACUCGCAGCACCUGUGUGUGUGUUUUUCCUGAGGGAAUUAAUGCUGUUUCCAUGUGGAUUUUCAUGAGCUGCUGCAGGAACUGGGGAAGAAGAGGCUUUAAGAAAUACCAAAGUCCAACUCCUGCCAUUUAUCUUUAUGCUUUUUUGGUUUUUUCUGCAUUUUCUUGUCUGUUUUUGCUUUAAUAAAGCAAGAAUUUCACUGCGUUCACAGUCCCAAAGAAGUUGUCCCUGAGGCUCUCCUCAGGCUGGCUGAGCCCUGGGCUUGGGCUGAGACCAACCAUCUCCAUGUUCCCAUGUGGAUUCCCUGACUCUGCUCUGGCUCAUCUCCGAGGUGUGGGGGGUUCUGAGCUGGCUCAGUCUGGGCCAUGGCUCAGCCCAGCAGCUCCUGGCCAAGGCAGCAGAUGGAGGACAAGGGGAACAGACGUUGGCAUCUCCCUGGGAGCAGCAUUUGUGCAUGGAUGGGCACCAUUCCAUAACAGAGGGUGUGGGAUAAAGGAUGCUGCCUUUCGUGAGGGCAGGAGGGGCUCUUCCUCAGCCCUGUGUCAUGCCAGAAGCAGUGACACAGAUCAACUGGUGCAAUGGCAUGCAGCAUUCCCAGGGCAGGAAUCACCAACCUGUGCCCACCUGAGCCUGGCAGGCUCCUGGCAGCACCCCCUGCCUCAGCAGGGAGCUCAGCUCAGCAGGAGCAAGAGCCAGGACAGCAGCUCUCUGCUUGGAGAGGCUGUGGUUGAGUCUGGAGAGCCAGCAGCAUCCACAUGUCACUGCCAUGAUGUCCAAGAGGCCCUUUGUGCUUGGCUCAGGGAACAGGGUGUUCGGUGAGGGAGCUGAAGCUGGGGCAGGACCCUCCCUGCAGUACCACUCCUUGCUCUGGGCCGUGGGGUUGUCCCUGUGGUCUGUAGGGAAUGCUGAGGGGUACCUGAGGUGUCACCAGCCUCUCCAAGCAGAGAGCUGCUGCCCCCAGUCACCUCCCACCACCAGCCAGCCCUGCAGUCCCUGUGCUGUCCCUCCCCUUGCUGAGCUCUUGCCCUGGAUGCUUCAAUAACAUAAUGUAUGCUAAAAUUAUCUAUCUCUGUAUAAAAUAAAGGCAUGGCCCAUUUUCUAUUGCUAAAGAUAUCUAUUUAGUGGCGUGCUCUAAGAGUCCUCUCUGGUUGCACACUGAGAUACUGGAUGCUUUGCAGGAGAUGAGUCAGAACGUGCCAACUUAAUGGAGACUUUUAAUUAUUUUUCUGGCUGGGUGCUGCCCAGUUGCAAAGGUUCCCCCCUUUUGUGGCAUGCACAGAGCACACACUAGCACAGGCUGGGGUUGGUACCGCCUUCUCCAGCCUUCCUGUGUCUUCUUGAGGUUAAACAGGGACAGUGUUUGCAUUUGAGGAACAACGGAGUAUCCCUUGUCUCUUCCCUCUUUGACUUGCACAAAGUGUCCUCACACAUUUGGGCAGAAUGCUGGGGUUACAGAGAGUCUGUGUUCCACCCGUGGCCAUGGGCACUGGGGGUGGCCGUGGGCAGGCAGGGUGUCCCAGCCCCUCGGGGUGGGUCAGAGCCCCCCCUGCCCACUGCUGCCUGCUCCCCGUGCUCCUUCCCUUCAGCAGCAGAGGGAUGCUGUGCUUGUGACUCACUGAGUAAGUCUCUGCACCCACAUAAACCCUCAGCAAGUGGAUAAAAGCUGCUCUCUGUGCUGGAUAUUUGGUGUUCUGUGGCAAUUUUAUGCUGUUUCUCUUUGUUAACAUGUCUCUGUAAUAAUAAGAGUAAUCUAUUUGAUAUAUUUUACUUUCUUUGUAAUAAGCCAAAAAGCUCAUUGCUCGUGCCUUUUUGCCUGGGGGGGCUUCCCAGCCCACAGCUGUGUUCCUGGGAGUAACAAAGGCCAGUCUGCAAUUGCUCCUUCCACCAGAGCUGGGGGAAAGACAAUCCAAUGAAUGCCAGAAGAAAAAGAGCCAGCAGCCUUGGAAUGGCAGAGAGACUUUGGGGUAUGAUGCUGGUUCUUUCCUGGGGCCUGGCUCCAAGGUGAGGGCUGAGCAUGAUAUUGGGAAUGCCUUGGCCCCAUUUCGGUGGGAUUGUGACCCUGGAGACCCCACAAACCACGUGAUGCAGGUGCAGAGCACACAGCCUGGUCUGGCCUACUCUGGAACCGCAGCGCUUUGCCCAAAUUAUAGCAUGAGCUGAGGGUAAAUUAUCCCAGAGAAGGAAUUAGAUGGAUUGCUGACACAGCUGGUUUUGUUUUUCAGGAUUUUUUUUUUUUUAUAAUUGGAACUGAAUGCAUUGGAUAAGGAAGAGAGAGCCCCAGAGUGUUUUGGUACCUUGGGGGCUGGACGGUGGUGACAGAUGCUGCUGGGCCAACGGGGUGCAGUGCAGGAUGCCCUGGGGACAACUGCAACUCACAAGUCCCCAUGUGGGGCUGAAGGACAUUUAUUUGUGUAACCAAAGAGAGGGGCCUGCCUGACACCCAGGUAAAGAAACCGAUGACACUGGGCUGGGGGUGAAUGAAAAUUCUCCUUUCUCUUUCAGCCAUGCCUGGGGCCCACGUGAGCCCCCAGCCAUGCCACGGGGUGGCCCCUCACGCUUGGUGUUCAGUUCCUUUUGUAACCUGAAAAUCUGCUGUUGUUCUGAGUCCAAUAAAUGCAGAAUCCGGUUUGCUGGAGCUCUACCCUCUGCCUGCAUUUGGCUUUUGUGUCGAUUUUGUGCAUGAAAUCGCUGUGGGUGUGAUGGCUGCCAGCAAGCAAAGGCGCUGGGAAUCAGUGGGUCAUUUGCCAGUAGAAGAGGCUGUACAUUGGAUCAUUGUAGGCUUUCUUUCACACUCAGAUUUCACUUUAACCACGUCUGAACUCGUAAUUCAAUUACAUAUCAAUUGGCUAAUCCUUUCAUAUAUUCCUCUUUGGGUCUUUUAAAUUGAAUUUCAGUUGAUUAAUGUAUUUCUCAAAGCAAGGAGCUAAUAAAGGCCAGUGUCCUCCUGCUCUUGUCA